AUGAACGACAGUUUGUCAAAUAACGAAGAUUUACAUCAAGAAUUUAAAACUCUUUUGAUUAAGAUUGAACCAUACUACGUUGCAUUGAAAUCAGAUCUCGAAAAAUUACUAUGUCGAGAAUGGUUACACAAGUUAUUCAAGACUACUUCUAACGAGGAAUCACUCAGAAAUGCUUACCUAAUCAAGUUACUUGAACAACUAGAAAAGGGAAAAUUAAAAGAACCGUUUAACAAUCUUCCUAAACACAAUUCACCUUUAUUACCUUUAACCACACAUAAUUUCCCAAAGCAGAAGAUUAAUGUUUGUGAUAAAAAAAAUAUGAAACCUAAAGACGAAACUUUAAUUAUGGGUAUGGUAAAUGUUCAAAAUACUGUUGGUGCAUUCAAAUCCGCGGAAAAUCAUACACAUACUAAUGAAAUCAAAGAUAACUAUAAGAUUUCAGAGCAAGGAAAACAAUUGGAUAUCGAUGAAAUUGUAGAUGAUUCAAAAGAAGUAAAUUUUUUCGUGAAUGAAAGUUCCAUUCAAAGAAAACGAUUGGAUGCCAAUGAAAUGUCAGAUGAUUCAAAAGAAGUGCAACAGCAAAAGUUAAUGGUAGAUAAAAGUGAAGGCGGUGAUGGACUAACAUUAAAUGUAGAGACUAAAUUAAAAUUAGAAUCUAUUGAAAAAAUGUCCAAAGAAUUAAAGAAAAAAACUGAACUUUUAGCGGAACAACUUCAGGAAAUUGAGUUGCAAGCCGACAAAAAUGUAAUAAACAACGAUCAAUUAACUGUACUCAAUGCCGAGUUGAACAAAUAUAAAAACGACUUGGAAAACAUGCGCAAUCUUGAAGCGGCUGACGAAUUGUGUGCAUCAAAAUUACUUAAAAAUAUUUUGGACAAAACUACUGUACUUGACAACAAUAUUGUAUCAGAAAUGAAUCGUUUAAAAACCAUGUUGGAGGACGCGUUUGAGAAUAAAAAAAUUAUGAAUUUUGCUAUGGAGCAAUUGAAAGAAGAACACCGCUUGAAAAUGAACAAAAAAGAUAAAUUCCAUGCCGAGCUGAAUAGAAAAUUAAUGCUCGAAAAUUCCCAAUUAAAAGAGUGCAUGGGUGAAGUUGAAUAA